CCUGCACCGCUACAAGCACCCCUCGGACGAGGAGCUCUGCGCCCUGGCAGGGAAGCAGCGUCCCAAGGCCAAGCGGGACAGGAGGGUGAACGGUGUGACGGAUGAGAAGCCCCUCUCUGUGCCCCGGGACAUCGACCUCCGCCUGGACACCAGCCCCAUCACCGCUGUGGAUGCUCUUGUGCUGCGUUAUUUCCUGGAGUACCAGUGGUUCGUGGAUUUUGCCGUCUACUCCACUGCCGUGUACAUCUUCACCGAGGGCUACUACUGCCUGGCGGACCCCCAGAAGGAGACCAACAUCGGGGUGCUCUGGUGCCUGCUGACAGUCGUCUCCUCCGUGUAUCCUUCCGCCAGCUUUCGGGGUGCGAUUGCCACCACCCGCCGGGUCCGGGCUGCGAUGGGUGGGAGAGGGAACCCCCCCCUCCUUGGUUUUUCCCCGUUAAAAGCCAUUGGAGGCUGGGCGGGGAGGGAAACGGGAUUUGGGGGGGUUUUUUUGGAGGUCUGGGGUGCGGAUGGGGCUGACCCAUGUCCCCUUGCCCCCCGUGCUGCCUUCUCUCUCCGCAGGCUGCCCCUUGCCAAGCUGGCCUUCAAGCUGGGGCUGGUGGCCCUGUGUUCCUUCCUGGGCGCCUGCCUGACCUUCCCGGGGCUGCGCCUGGCCCAGACGCAUCUCGACGCUCUCCGGCUGUCGGCCGACAAGCCCCUGACCCAGGUCCUGCUCCACGUGAGUUUCCUGGCGCCCGUCCUCAUGGUGGUGAUGUGGAUCAAGCCCAUCUCACGGGAUUUCCUGCUCCACGCGCCCAUGGGCAAGCAGACCGUGCAGAUCAUGUCAAACUCUGCCUACAACACCGCGCGCCUCUGGAGCAUCGUCGGCCUCAGCCUGUUGCGCCUGGCCGUCACCCGGCACCACCUCCAAGCGUACCUGGGCCUGGCCGAGCGCUGGGUGCAGCAGAUGAGGAAGGAGGCCGGGCGGAUCGCCGUCCUGGAGAUCCAGCGCAAGAUCACGAGGAUUUACUGCUACGUCUCCGUGGUCAGCCUGCAGUACCUGGGACCUGUCAUCCUCACCCUCCACUGCACGCUGCUCCUCAAGACGCUGGCUGCCGGCGGGGACGGGGAGGACGUGCGUGCCGCGGUGGAGCAGAUCACUGGCGUCUUGGGCGGCAUCUUCACCCCCCUCUUCUUCCGCGGACUCUUCGCCUUCCUCACCUGGUGGGUGGCCGCCUGCCAGGUCCCCCCCAGCCUCUUCGGCCUCUACUUCCACCAGUACCUGGCAGCCUGCUGA